AGUUUUCACACAUUCUGGUCACGGUUUGACUUGACUUUUGUGACAUUCAAGCCAACAUAUCAAUCUUUUCGACACCCUCCUUUCUGUUUUGAUCAUGCACCAAUGAAUAUCUCUGGUCAUGUCACCAUCCCAUUCACCCGACAAUGCAUCGGCAUUUGCAUUGGCAGUGACCCCCGUGCCAUUACCAUCCAAACGACGCCCAGGACGACCUCGAAAAGACUCGACUGCGCAAAUACCGAAUUCUGGACAACCGUCUGAUGAAGGGGCUGUAUGUGCGAAGCGGUCGACGCGGUUAUCUGCGAAACUAAAGUUGGAGGAGAGUGGAGGGAGUUUGAAUAGUCAUGGUAGUAGUAGUAGUAGGACUAAUGGUGGUGCUAAUGGAGGGGGACGUGGGCAGCGAGUAGGGAAUGGUACAAGACGAGUACAAAGACAGAGUCAGGAGGAGGUGCCGGUGCAAGAUGAGAUUGGACAUGAUGGGGUUGGCAGGGGACGACGACUACGGGGAAAGAAUGUGGAAGGUAUGACAUCUGGACGACAACCUCCAACUGAACAGAAAACUGGACAAGAACCACCCCAUACCCAUCCCCGUGGUCGUCGUCGACGAACCCUUCAAGAACCCCAAUCAACGCCUCCAAAAAAACGAAUCAAAAAACCUAAAGAACCAACAAGUGAAUCCGAUCAAGACCUCGCAACACGCCAAACCCUCCUCUCGGCCCUCCAAAUCCAAAAACGACAUGCCAUGGAACGACGAAAAAACCGAUUACGCCAUGUACUGGAUCGGUAUGAUACCCGUGCUCGAGAACUCUAUUAUCUUGAACAUAACUUUCCAUUGUUGGAGUUUGAUCCUGGGCGGAUCAAGGCGGAUAAAGGGGAAAAGAUUGUAAAGUAUUUGCAAAAUUGCGAUAUUCGUGCCAUUGUUGCUAGCGAACUCGCUUCUGCCGCUCAUCACCAGCAGUCUACAGACCGCAUGGGCACGCGCGGCGCAUCCAACCGGCACCGCACCUCCCUAACCUCUCUAGUCGAAUCCACAUCCUCAACCAUCGACUCCCUCAUCCCGCGCUCAACCCUCCUAAACCUCGGUAUAGCCCGUUUCGCAAACCUCUCUGAAUACCUCUCCUCCUUUUGUCUUAUCGACGACGAAGAACUCACACCCGCCGACCUCCAAUCCCGGGCCGAAAAAGAAGCGACCAUUGAUCUCCGUAUCACCGCCUUCAAACGUCUCGGCCUCCUUAAAGGCCUCACCAUCUCCCAAUUGGAACGAAAACCGGACCCGCCACCCAAAACGCACUGGACGUGUUUAUUGGAGGAAAUGAAAGUUGUUAGUGGGGGGUUUAUGCAUGCUGGUCGGGAACGCCUGCGUGUCACGCGGGCUGCCAGUCGGGCUGUACAAAAGUAUUGGGAGUUACGGUAUACCCUUGGUGAACGGACUGCGAUGGCUCAGGAACGGAAAUGGAAAAAGUGUUUCAAGGAGGUUCGUGUUGAGUUGACGAAGCGGUGGAAAUUGGUUGAAGCGAUUAUUCGUAUCCAACAUUCAAAACUCUUAGCUGAAGAACAACGCGAAGCCGGUAAACGCCACUUAACCCGCAUGAUUGAACAUUCCUCCCAAUUCCUCCGACGACGUCAAUCGUCCAUUCCCCAAGACGACGAUAUGGAUGUUGUUAGUAAUAGUUCUGUUGGACUGUCGAGGGAUGAGUUGGAUGAUGAGGGGAUGGGGUAUUUUGAGAAAAGUAAAAGUGGGGAUGAUCGGGGAGAUUCUGUGGGACCUUUUCAUGACGACAAUGAUGACGAGUUUUUACCUGUGGAUAUGCAGGAUGAGGAUGUUGAAUUGGAUGGGGAAGAAUAUUCGGAUGACGACGAGAUGAGGGAAUUAGUAAAUGAUUUGGACGUCCCUGUUGAAAGAUUGGUUGGCCAAGAGUACUUUACGUAUCAACUUGAAAACGGUGGUGGGUCUGAUACUGUUGUAUCGUCCCCUACUGUAUCGGUCUCUCCUGAUCACGAUAAUGAUGAUGAGGUUUUACCGGUGGAUACUCAAGAUGACGACGUUGAAUUGGAUGUGGAUGACGAAUCGGAUGACGACGAGAUGAGGGAAUUAGUAAAUGAUUUGGAUGUCCCUGUUGAAACAUUAGUUGGCCAUGAAUACUUUACGUAUCAUCUUGAAAAUGGUGAUGGGGCUGAUACUGUUGUAUCGUCCCCUACUGUAUCGGUCUCUCCUGAUCACGAUAAUGAUGAUGAGUUUUUACCGGUGGAUACUCAAGAUGAGGAUGUUGAAUUGGUUGUGGAUGACGAAUCGGAUGAUGACGAGAUGAGGGAAUUAGUAAAUGAUUUGGACGUCCCUAUUGAACACUUGGUUGGGAAUGAUUAUUUUGCUUAUCAAAUGGAUGAACCCGAUUCCGAUACAACUUGUGAUUCAGUGGAUGAUUCGAAUGACACGGAUGUCCGAUACGUGGCAUCCAACGGGAGAAUACCUCACAAUGAUGAUUUGGAGUAUAUACCCACCAAAGGACAUGACGAUUUGCGAGUCGAACGGGAGCUUGAAUCGGAUGAUAGUCAAGUUUGCGGGUUGCGUUCGGAUUUGGAUGGGGAUGUUCAGUCGGUGAGGGAGUGGAGGGGGCGUUUGAAAGAGGGUGAUACCCGUGGUGAUGUGCGUAGUGGAGGAAUGGAGGUCCAGAGUGAAAUUUUGAAUGUGGAUGGUGCACGCGCGUCUAGAUAUCGCACGACGUGGAGACCUGCUUGGAAGAAUGAUGACGAAGAAGAUGGUGAUGAUGAUGAUGAGGAAGAUGAAGAAGAAGAAGAUGAGGUCGUUAUUGUGCAAGUUCGGGAACCUCGAUGGCGACAAAAUGGGUCGAGUGCUUCAAGAGGUUCUAGUGGACUAUCGUUUGGAUCUUUUUCGUUGGGGUAUUCCAAGGGGGUACACGGUAUCGAUGGAAACCUAGAGGCCAAGAUGGGAAUUGAGAGUAAAGGACACGUUGCAAGUGAUGAGGAACCCAACGAGAACGGAUCAGACGUCCGUGAUAGGUCUGAUAAGGACGUAUCAAAAGAGGAGGGGGGUGGACCCGUGUCCAUGGACAUUGAUGAACCUGCGUCUUCUCCUGCGAGUCAUACCCUGCAUGAUAAAGAACCAUCGCCAACAGAACCUGCUCCAAACCCCACUAAAUCGUCCUCCGAUACCCUGCACGCACCAACGGGCACAACGCUGGCAACCACACACGUAGCCACCCCCUUCCCCUUUCUUUUAAAACAUUCACUACGAGAAUAUCAGCAUGUCGGACUGGAUUGGCUUGCAGGGUUAUACGAGCGCGGCCUGAAUGGUAUCCUAGCCGAUGAAAUGGGAUUGGGUAAAACAAUUCAAACGAUUGCCCUCUUUGCUCAUUUGGCAUGUUCAAAAGGCGUAUGGGGCCAACAUCUGGUGAUUGUUCCUACAUCCGUUAUGCUCAAUUGGGAAUGCGAAUUCAAGAAAUGGUUACCCGGGUUCAAGCUUUUGACAUACUAUGGAUCCAUCCCGGAGCGUGCAGCGAAACGCGUAGGAUGGUCCAAACCCAACGCAUUUCACGUCUGUAUUACGAGUUACCAAAUCGUGCUUCGGGAUCAUCAUAUUUUUCGACGGAAGCGGUGGUGUUAUCUUGUUCUUGACGAAGCGCAUAAUAUCAAAAACUUUCGUAGUCAGCGAUGGCAGACUUUAUUGGGAUUCAAUACGGAGCGACGUCUCCUCUUGACUGGGACACCCCUCCAAAAUAAUUUAAUGGAGUUGUGGAGUUUAUUGUACUUUUUGAUGCCGGGUGAUUAUGACGAGGGGGGAUUUGCUGGACGGCAGGAAUUCAAAGAGUGGUUUGAGACUUCAGUGUCUCAGAUUGUGGGUGAUGGGCAUCUUUCUUCUUCGUCAUCGUCUUCUUUGGUCUUGUCUUCUGACAUGGCUGACAAUGAAACACGUGCCUCCGUCUCACGUCUCCAUGCCGUUCUACGACCCUACAUCCUCCGCCGCCUCAAAGCCGACGUUGAGAAACAAAUGCCCGGAAAAUUCGAACAUGUCCUAAAAUGCCGUCUAAGUAAACGCCAAAGAUUUCUAUACGAUGACUUUAUGUCCCGAGCGAAAACAAAAGAGGAUUUAGCGUCUGGGAAUUACCUUUCCAUCGUGAACGUUUUAAUGCAAUUACGUAAAGUGUGUAAUCACCCUGAUUUAUUUGAGGAGCGGCCGGUUGUGACUGGAUUUGCGAUACCCGAGGGCGGAAUUGUUGGUCGGUUAUUGGAAACAGAGGAAAUCUUGAUUUGGAAAAAAUUGUUGUUGUCAAUUGAUACGAUUGAUUUGGGGCAUUUUGGAUUACGGGUUGUUGAUCUUGGUGUUGAGGAGUGGGUUGGGUUCGAAGGGGAUCGGAUACGUGAAUUGGAGGCUUUGGAUGCUAUUCGGGCGCGUGUUCGCCAAGCUGAUGUGAAUCAAGUGCAAGCGAGGACAUUGGUUUCGUACAAGUAUCGAACAUUACAAGAGUGGCGACAUGUUCUUGGAUGGCGACAUGCAAAAGAGGAAUUGGAUUGGUGGAUGGGUGUUGAGAGGGUCAAUCAUUUACGGUGCGCAACGGUUGGUCCCAUCUAUGGACGUCUUCUUCGUGCGACAUGCCGAAAACUUGGAUACCGAGACGUGGAUAAUAUUGUCCAAGCCAGUCAAGAUCCAAGACGAUUUGGCGAUUAUAGCUCUACCCUUCGUUCCAUGAUUCAAACCCCUUUUGAACGGUCGCUGUCCAUGUCUGAUCUUGUUUCCCGGUUUGCGUGCACUACACCUCGUGCACGUUUACAUCCUUUUCGAUCUAUUCUCCCCCCCUCUGGAUACAUGUACCCUCGAACAGUAGAUCUCGCCCACCUUGCCGACGAAUUAACCCAAAAAUGCACACAAGACCCCCUAAGUUACUCAAAAACCCGAUUGGAAAUGUCGUUUCCCGAUAAACGCCUCGUUCAAUUCGAUUGCGGAAAAUUACAAACCCUCGAUCGAUUAUUGCGGGACCUUAUCGCGGGUGGACAUCGGGCUCUCGUCUUCACCCAAAUGACACGCAUGUUGGAUAUUCUUGAAGUAUUCUUGAAUUUACAUGGACAUUUAUACCUUCGUCUUGACGGUACCACCAAAGUCGAACACCGACAACUUUUAAUGGAGCGCUUUAAUAAUGAUAAACGUAUCUUGGUGUUUAUUCUUUCGACGAGGAGUGGAGGGCUUGGUAUGAAUUUAACGGGUGCGGAUACGGUUAUUUUUUAUGAUAGUGAUUGGAAUCCUGCCAUGGAUGCUCAAGCCCAAGAUCGAGCCCACCGUAUCGGCCAAACCCGCGAAGUCCACAUUUACCGUUUCGUAAGCGAACACACGAUUGAAGAAAACAUGCUCCGAAAAGCCAACCAAAAACGCCGGCUUGACCAAAUUGUUAUCCAAGAUGGUGAUUUCACCACAGAGUGGAUCAAUAAAUCCCAAUCAACAAGUAAUUGGCGGGACUGGUUAGAUUCUGAUUCUUCACAACAAAAUUGGGAAUCGGCUAUGAUGCAAGCUGAAGAUGAAACGGAUGUUGUUGCGGCUCGGAAAGCGGCUGUUGAACUUGAACGCAAUGUUGCGGAAUUUGGUGAACAGGAAUCAUCCAAAUCAGAGUUAUUACCCCAUCCACCCGACCAUCAAAAAGAUCAAAAAGAACAAGGAAAAAUCGAGGAUACUCAACCGGUUGGAUCACUCGAUGAAUACCUAUUCCGGUUCCAGAUUUUUAGAAUGGGGUUGGAAGGUGUUUUGGAUUGGAGGGAUUUUGCGGAGGAGUUACGACGGGUUGCUGAUGAUGAUGAUGAUGAUGAUCAAAAGGGGCAAGGGAAUGUGUAG